UUGAAACUUGUCCUUCAAGUGCUGCAACAUGGCACCUCACCUGAUGUGUUCAUCAUGAACCAUGAGAACUGAUUCAUUGAAAACACAAGGCUUCCUUUUUUGAAUAGGGGCCAACGAAAAUACCUGGGGGCCAGCUGCUUCUUACUUCAUAUGGUAAAAGUAGUAGUUUAUAGAAGACUUUCAAACGUCAAAGAUAUGAAUGAAACGUCAUCAGUUGAAAGCGGAAAGAGAAGAUCCACCGCCACUGUCGGAACUUCACAGUGUGACACCACCGGAAGUAAACAACACAAGCACUGCUGGUAGCGUUAGCCGCACGCAGUGGUGAGCUAGCAGGAGGACGAUAUUGUCGUCGCAGUGAAGACAGUUAUUUGAAAACUAAUAAAGCAACAAUGGCUUCAGUUGAGUAUUUGAGAGAGUUUGUCAACGAGAGACUAACUGCUGCUGCUGAAGAAAUAUUCGGAGUUUUUAAAACAACUAUCGUCGAGUACGAGGAGGAGAUCAAUCGUCAGCGCAGACUGCUGGAAAACGUCUGGAAACCUAAAACGAAGUUAAACAAUACAGUCCCUCCAGAGCCCACACAGCAACGUGCCUGUAUGGUGGAGGAGGCUCUCGCUGACCAGCAGCGUUGUAUUCAGGAAAAGAUCACCAGUGUGGACCAAGAGGACCCAGAGCCUCCACAGAUUAAAGAGGAAGAGGAGGAGCUCUGUACCAGUCAGGAGGGAGAGCAGCUUGAGCUGAAGGAGGAGACUGAUGCCUUCAUGUUGACUUCUUCUCAUGAGGAAAGUGACCACAGUGAUGAUCUGACUCCAUACAUGAGUAUCGAUGAAGAAAAGCCUCAUAGCUACACGUCAGUUACAAGCUCUAUGGUGUCAGAACCAAACAUUUCCCACCAUCCCCUCUCUCAUAACCUCUAUAUGUCUGAGAGCCAGUAUCAGACAGGAAGCAAGCAUGGAGACUCGGGAUUUAGUAGAGAUACAGAGCCAGAAUCACAGAGGAGACAUCACACUAGCGGAAGUCACAGUGACAAUACAGACAACCCGAAUUUGUUUGGUAUCCAACACUACAAUAAUACGCAGACAGGUAAACGCUCCUACAUAUGUGACACAUGUGGGAAAGACUUUAAGUUCCAGUCAGUGUUGCAGAGACACGUGAGCGUCCACACAGGUGAGAAGCCGUAUUCUUGCAAAAUGUGCGGCAAAGCUUACAGGCAGAGCGGCGAGCUGACAGUCCACAUGAGAACCCACACGGGCGAGAGGCCAUAUAUGUGCAAAGCAUGUGGGAAAGAUUUCGGACGCAACAGCAGCUUGUGGGCCCACAUGAGAAGAACCCACAUCGGUGAGAUGCCGUACCUUUGCAAGAUCUGCGGGAAACGAUUCUUUGGAGUGUUUGAAUUAGAGAGGCAUUUGAGAUUGCAUACAGACAAGUAGUUUUAAUGUGACGAGCCACAUGAAUGAACUUUGUGGAAGAAGUUUUUCACAAAUCAAUCCAUAAACGGGACAAACCGUCAAGCCGAGACUCCUCUGGAGUGAACACUCACUGACAUGAACACUUUUCUAAUAUCAUAUAUUUGUAAUAGUGUGCUACGCAUUUCCUAUAAAGAAGAGGUCACAAUUCCAGCAAGUUUUAAAAUUAACUUUUAUUCCCCUGUCAUAUAUUUUUGGUAACAACAGUAAUUUUUUUUUAACAGCCAUAAUCUUUUAACUGUUUGAAACGUCCUUGUUGUACAAUGAGUGCAUUGUACAUACAAAUGUUUCACCUGUUACAUUUAUAUUAUUUUAAAUCUAUUAAACCUUGCUUACGGUAUUAGAGUGGAUUGUGAACUCUGAUGUUGAGGCUGAGAAACUUUUUAUGUAUUUUGUGAUUGCUUUAACUUGAUGACUGCCCUAUUACUUGACAUACUGUGCUGUUUUUGAGCUAUGGACGAGACAAACGCAUUGUAGAUGGUGUGCUACAUAGUGCCAGUUACUCAGACUGAUGUUCCCACCUUGGUGCGGUGGAGGAUUAUGUUAACUAUGAGCAGUAACGUUAUUGUGGUGGCUAAAUUUGCUUCAGUCACUCGCCAAAAAAACAAUGGUAAUCUAUGAAGUGGCUGGUACAUUUUUGAAGGUGGACAAAGAAGGUAUUUUCCAACCCUGGUAACAACCCAUGUGGUUGUAAUGUAAACCAGGACUAGUGCUUAAAGCGGCUAAAUGCUGUGUAUGAAAUAAGAACACCAGAUUCACCCUGAUGUCUGCAGCUACCAGCAAAGUCUGUUCAUUAUGGCAGCAUCAAAAGUAAAAGUAGUCACAGUGAGGAAUAGUUCUUUUCAGUGAGUUAAGUUAUAACAUGCAAGAGGAUUUCAAUGUUGUGGCUCACUGGCUGCAGGUUAAAUAGAGCAGUGGUUCCCAACCUGGGCUCCCGACCCCCUUUAGGAGUCACUGAAGCUUCACGGGGGGGGGUCAAAAGGCCUUCAGUUUAGAUCACUAUUUAAGAUUCUACGCUUUUCAAAAAGUCUCACAAGUUAAGGGCAUAGUGACGACCUGAACUCAAGCUAUAUUCACAGAGCCUUCACUCUCUGCUAAACAGUGUCGUCCUGCAUUAGAAAAGUUCACAGUUAAAAACAACCAAAGAGUAACAGAACAAUGGUCAAGCCUCAAGAAGAAAAUAUAUCAAAAAAGAGACCCAUUGUAUGAAGUAUGUAUGAUUUUUUUUUUUUUAAAUUAUACAUAUAUAUGACACAAUUUUGACAAGAAAUAAAUACUCUGCUCAAAAUUCAUUUUCCACAGACUUCCUGCAGUUAUUGUGCUCACUAUUUGGGUUAAGUGACAGUUUAUCAGUUGUUCUGUGCUGUUAUUGAUACGCACUGAAUACAUUUUUUUUUUUUUGUUUAAUACAUAAUCAUUUUCCGCAAGGUAACAACAGAUGACGUUAAUUAAAAGUAGUAGUUUAUAAAAGAAUAUCACUUUUCCUUGAGGAAUAAAGCAAGCUAGAUGUAUGUCCUUGCUACCUCCAAUACCAAGAAAAACACACUUGGUGAUAUGCAUUGAAUUCACUAUAGAAUGUCCACCAUCACUAGGUCAGGGCUCAUCAGUUGACUCAGUGACAGAAAAGGGGUCGAUUAAGAUAAAGGUUGGGAACCACUAAUUAAGAGGAUGAUUUAAAAGUGUCACAUCCACUGACGGAAAUACUAUAUAGUAAAAAGAAUUGCAAAAAUGAAUAAAUGAAGUUGAACUGUCUGGGAAAAUGGGGAUUUAAGCCUGCAGUUGAAAAAUUAAAGUCAUGUUCUUCAGAGGGAAGAUGAUUAGAUGAAAAUACUCGUUAGAAACUCCAUGGAAAUCAUUAAGAAAAAGUUUAUUUUGACUCCAGAUUAUAACGUAGAGAACUUUUAAAAGAAUUGUGGAUGAAUGCAAAAAAGUUAGAAAUGUGAUAGGAUGCCUUGUAGGCUGGGUAGCUCAUAUUGCAUCUUUGAAAUACAAUGGGAACAAUAUAUGGUGAUCACAGUUACAGUGAUCAGCUGCUUCAAUGGAUCAAAAAGCUUAGGACAGAAUCAUUUUUAUACAAAUACUGUUUAAAUCAAUUGUAGUCAAGUAUGCCAUUAACUAUGCUCAUUGUGGCUCUUUUUUAAUACGUGACAACAUUGUGACAACACUUUGCCUUGUGAUAACCUGUCUGGCCACCUGAGGCUGGUGCUGUGUGCACACUGAAUCAUGACGGAAAGAAAGUCUUUGGCCCUCAUUUAUGGAACAAAGACAUGACAGAAAACUGGGUGGACGGUCCACACAAACCUCUGCAUUUAUCAGUGUGGAUGUGAACGGUCAAAUCUCACGUCAGGUCUCAUCAUGUGUACACAAGUUGAUGUCGGCAUGACAAAUAAAUCUGACUGAGUUGGAGAAUUGUUACUAGUUAUCGGUCCAUUAAUCCAAGUAUUUGCAGCAACUUAUUAAUCACUUACAAAUGUGUGCCCUAUGAGAAAAUAUGGUAUUUUGUAAAGGCCUACGUCACUGCAUGCUCAGCUCACAGCUGCCUGGCUCUGUGGCUCCAGGCUGACUGAAGGCUGAACAUCACUGCUGCUCGCUUCUUAUUUAUCUGACACUUUUCUUUUAAAUGCUGACAGGCCAAAGCAUGUUUACAUAAUUUA